AUGGAUCCUCCUAUUGUGCACGGAGACCUCAAAGCGGAGAACAUUCUAAUAUCUCAAAAUCGUACGCCCCGAAUAAGCGACUUCGGCUUGUCUCGAGCAGUCAAAAAUUCUGAUGCUCCUACUGGAUACACGACUUCGGCAUUUCAUGGCUCCAUGCGGUGGAUGAGUCCUGAACUGCAUUAUGCAGAUGAAGAUGGUCGUCCUCCCGCUUUCACGCCCGCAUCUGAUGUCUGGGCAUUCGGAAUGGUAAUGCUUGAGGUAGAAACUUGUGCUGUUCCAUGGUUCCAUAUAAUCCACGAACCGGCAGUUAUCUUAGCAGUAAUGCGCGGGAGCACUCCACCACCUCCAAAAAACAAAAUUAUACCUCCUCCAGUCUGGGCAUUAAUGCAGGAUUGCUGGAAGCAAGAUCCAAUGGAAAGGGAGUCUAUGCGAAGUGUAAUGUCUCGCAUAGACCUGUUAAAAUUUCAGCGAGAUGUUCAGGAUCCUAGUAGUCCUGUGGGCCAGAGGUCACUUUCUUCGCCUUCGUCUUCGAUUUCGUCUAUUAGAUCUCGAUUAUCUUCUUUCAUCUCUUCUCCGACUAUCUCCCCUCUGACUCUCGAGCCCACUAGUCUCAAUGAUGCAGACACAGUACUUACCAAAGCCCGUCGCGCAUACACGCAGCGAGAUAUACCUUUAGCUCGUCAGCUCUACACGACAGCUGCAGCCGCGUUUGCUUCGGCAUCACACCAGCUAAGGCAUGCUCAAACUCUCACUGAGCUAGCACGCGUCGAUAAGCCCAACGCACGUGUGCAUCUUGAGGCUGCGAUGGAGACAUUGAGCUCACCUCACCAACCCAUGUAUCAGAUUCGUGUCCAACGCAUGGUCGCUGAAAUAGAGAGCACCGGGGAGGCCAAGCGUCUAUUACUCAACUGUAGGUCUUCUGCGAAGAAAGGAGGUUGGGUAGAUGAGGAAGGGGCAGCGCUAAUACAGCUAGGUCAAGUACAUGUGGCAGCUGGGGAGGAUGACGAUGCAUAUGGUUGGUUCGGCGAGGCAAUUAGACUCGGGGAAAAACAAGACAAGGCUACCAUUAAGUCAGAGGCGCUGGAAGGACGUGGAGGAGUGUCCAUGCGUAGAGGAAAUAAAGAAGCAGCAAUCAUGGACUUCGAACAGGCUGCGGUUGAAUAUCGCCAUUGCGGGGGUGGAGGCCGACGAGGUGUGACGAGGGUUCUUGGAAAAAUACGAGAGAUUUCGGGGGAAGGCGGCUCAUGCAGUAUGAUUGAUACUCUGAGCGAGAGCACAGGUUCACUGGCUCUUUCACUUGGUGGUAUUCCUUAG